CCGCUACAACACCUUCUCGACCACGUCGUUUAAACUGGGUUCUCUUACUGCGAGGCCCGUGUUAAUUUUUCUCUCCCGCCAAUCCGGCCCAUUCUCACUACUUAUAACUCACCCGAAAAAUCUUUUCUUUCUCUCUCCUUACUCCUUUCUGCAUGAUGAAUCUGGACGGGCCUAUCAUGUCCGGUUUAUCGUUCCGGAGCAAAGUCGUCCAAUUAUCGCGUGGCCUUUCCUCAGUAGAUAGUUAUGUAGAUGCAGCACGCGAACUCUUGUGCUGUUCAAGAUUUUCUCCUCAGGAAUUUCAAGACCAUUGUACGAAGGUCCUUGAACUUGUUGAAAUAUCCCGCGAUACCCUCUUGCGACUAGACAUACGGCUACACAGUUUCUGCUCGUGCCCCCCCUCCUAUCAGCCGCUGAAAGAAGUCUACUAUGAACUCUUACGCAUGCUGAAAUCUCGAUGUAAAUUAUUCCCUCCCGGUCUUCGAGAACGCGUGGCAAGACUGACUCUACCUCUUGUAACUACGUUUCGAAUAUGUGAUGGUCUUCACGACCACGAGCAAUGCAUGCUGGACGAGUUUCAGCUUCAGUCUCGGCAUUUCACUCUGGCCGAAAAUGGGACAUAUUGCAGCGAUAAAGAUCUAAUGCCUCCCCCAGACAAAAUUUCACGGUCGCAAGAUAAUACCUUUACUUGUCAGUGGACACCAAGGAAGCCACGCGGUCCGCCCAUGGUAUUCCCGCUGUACGUCACCGAAGAGUUAGACCGCUCCGACGAAGAAGGAAUGAAGGAUGAUUCGGAGGAAACAGCGUUCCGGCCGGUAUUACUGAAGCCCAUGACUAGGCAUUUUGGUAUCUUUUGCAGCAAGAAUUCUUCUAUGUUUCGUUUGCAUUGAUUAGCUCAAUUUUUGUACUAACGUUCUGCUCUUCCUUUCCUUUCUUUUUUUGUCGGUGUACCUAUAUAGAUGAAUUUUUCUCCAGUUAUGCUGCGCAACGCGGUUUUUUUAUAUUAAGGGAAAAUCAAUCCACAAAUAGCCCUCCGUCCGUGUCGCGUUCAGGAGAGACAUGACUAGGCGUUAAGACCUUUCUCCCAGUCCGGAUCCUGUCCAGUUCAUCCCUCAUAUCUACAAACUUCCGCAACAGUCGGUUAUUGGUUGCGGCCGCUUCCUCUUGCUCUAGAAUCUGAAUGACAUUUCCAAGGGAGCUAUCAAGCUUUCGCAGUGCGUCGUUCAGGAAGAACGGGUUUCCGACGGGCGGUUCGGACGUUCGUCGCAGGGGCGGGGUCUUUGCUAUAUAGCUGACAUGUAAGU